UGCCAUGCCAUGGCGUGCCACCCCAGCUCUUCUGUGCCCUGCCAUGCCACCCCCUCUCUUCCAUGCCAUGCCAUCUCAGCUCUGCUGUGCCAUGCCAUGCCGUGCCAUGCUGUGCCAUCCCAGCUAUUCCAUGCCAUGCCAUGCUGUGCCAGUUCAGUUGUGCUAUGCCACCCUAGCUCUUCCAUGCCAUGUCACCCAAGCUGUGCUGUGCCACCCCAGCUCUUCCAUGCCGUGCUGUGCCGUGCCAUGCCAUGGCGUGCCACCCCAGCUGUGCCCUGCCAUGCCACCCCGUCUCUUCCAUGCCAUGUCACCCUAGCUGUGCUGUGCCAUGCCAAUCUGUCUCUUCCAUGCCGUGCCACCCCAGCUCUUCUGUGCCCUGCCAUGCCACCCUGUCUCUUCCAUGCCAUGCCACCCCAGCUCUUCCAUGCCAUGCUAUGCCAUGCCAUGCCAUGGUGUGCCACCCCAGCUCUUCUGUGCCUUGCCAUGCCACCCCAGCUAUGCCAUGCCAUGCCAUCCCCUCUCUUCCAUGCCAUGUCACACUAGCCGUGCUGUGCCAUGCCAAUCUGUCUCUUCCAUGCUGUGCCACCCCAGCUGUGCCAUGGCAUGCCGUGCCACCCCAGCUCUUCCAUGCCAUGCUGUGCUGUGCCAUGCCAUGCCAUGGCGUGCCACCCCAGCUCUUCUGUGCCUUGCCAUGCCACCCCAGCUAUGCCAUGCCAUGCCAUCCCCUCUCUUCCAUGCCAUGUCACCCUAGCCGUGCUGUGCCAUGCCAAUCUGUCUCUUCCAUGUUGUGCCACCCCAGCUGUGCCAUGCCAUGCCACCCCGUCUCUUCCAUGCCAUGCUACCCCAGCUUUGCCAUGUUGUGCCACCCCAGCCGUGCCGAGCCGUGCCAUGCCAUGCCGUGCCGUGCCGUGCCACCCAGCCUGGCCUUGCCUGGCCUCACCCUCUCGCUUCCUCCCCAGUGCGGCUUCUUCAAGCGGAGCAGCCCCAAGUCCCGUUACACCACCAACUAUUACUGGGCCCGCCUGGGCCUGCAGCCCUCGGCCGAGCAGCAGGCGCUGGAGGGCGAGCGGUAACGCAGGGCUCUCCCGCCCCGGGGCCGGGGCUGGUGGCCACCCUCUGGGCUUCUUCCGCCGGGCUCGCUACGCGCCGCCGGCCGUGCCGCAGUACCACGCCGUGAAGAUCCCGCGGGAGGAGCGGCAGCAGUUCCGUGAGGAGAAGACGGGCACCAUCCAGAGGAAGGAGUGGGCCGCCAACCUCCACCAGGCCGGCGACGGCCACGUUGCCCCCAGCUCGGCCUAGCCCCCCGCCCCCGGAGACAGCAAUGGGGUGGCGGGGGGGACAUGGUGGCGAUGAAGAAGGGGGACACUGGACACGGGACACUGGGGAAGGGCCCUCUGGCACCGCGUGUGGGGAGGAACACGCGUGUGCCGGCACACACCUGCCUUUGCCGGGCGCACAUGGGGCCGCUGGUGGCGUCGGCCCCGCGGGGAGGGCUGGGCCCCACGGCCGUGCUCGACCCAAUAAAAGGAACGACCCCUCCA